CAUGAUGGCGUCGGCAGCAGCAACGGAGCGGGGCGGCAGUCCCGGUUCUUCCCGGUCUGCGGCGGCGGAGUACUCGGUGCUCGUGGUGGUGGGGUCGCUGCGUCCCACCGGUCUGCUGGAGCGACUCCUGAAGCAGAUAGACUCAGGUGUGCGCUGCUGGCCUGUGAACCUGGACGUCUCCGUUCUGGACCAGCAGCUGAAGCUCUUUGUGUCGAGACACUCGGCCUUCCUGUCGCAGGACGUCCCAGGGCAGAGGACCCUGCAGCACCGCGGGGACGUUCUGGACACUCAGGUUGUCGUGAAUCCGGCUCACGACUUUGUCUGCUCAGAGGUGCGGCGGCUCGUCUGUGACCCGUCCGCACACAAACUUCUGGUUCUGGCCGGUCAGUGCGUCGAAGAGUCCGGAGACCUCGUGUUCCAGAGAGGCUUCUUCUCGCUCAGCGACUUCGUCCACAUCUUUGAGGAGGACGAGGUCGGACACUUGUUGAGCUCCGCAGACGCGGCCGCGAAGCCCCGCCUCACCCUCAGCUGUCCAGAUGUUGGUCUCUGGAAGAACGCCGCGUUGGAGAAACACAUCCUGCAGGACUACAUCCACGUGCAGAUCAACCCCCCCGCCGUGCUGCCGGAGAUGGAGGGUCUGCAGGAGUUCACGGAGUACCUGUCCGAGUCGCUGGAGCCCGAGUCCCUCUUCGACCUCCUGGAGCCCCCGAGCACCGUGGGCUUCCUGAAGCUCUCCCGGCCGUGCUGCUACAUCUUCCCCGGGGGGAGGGGCGACUCUGCCUUCUUCGCCGUUAACGGCUUCAACGUGCUGGUGAACGGCGGCUCGGACGCCCGCUCCUGCUUCUGGAAACUGGUCCGGCACCUGGACAGAAUCGACUCGGUGCUCCUGACCCACAUCGGCGUGGACAAUCUCCCCGGGCUGAACAGCCUGCUGGCGAGGAAGGUGGCGGAGCAGGAGGAAGAGCGCGAGGAGGACCGCGCCAAGAGCCUCAUCUCCCCCGAGAUCGGGGUGGUCUUCCUCAACGCCCCCCACAGGCUGACGUCCUUGCAGGGAGAUCCCGGCGAGCUGCGGAGCUGCGACCAGGCGGCGCUCGCUCUGCAGAACCUGCAAAGACUUUCCAUCAACCCGGAACCCCUCAGCCGGCCCAACGGGCCCAGGAUAGAACCGGUUAUCUUGUUUCAAAAGAUGGGAGUGGGCCGCCUGGAGCUCUACCCGCUGAAUCCAGUCACUGGCAGCAAAAGCCUGGACGCUUUGAUGCAGCUGUGGCCGAACAAGGGCUCCGACGACAAGGGCUCAGAUCUUCCUCUGCCGGGCCUCGUGUCCAUCUGCGCUCUGCUGGUCUGGCAUCCGUCCAGUCCUCAGGAGAGAAUCAUCCGGGUCCUCUUCCCGGGGUGCACGCCGCAGGCCAAAAUCCUGGAGGGGCUUGAAAAACUCAAACAUCUGGAUUUCCUCAGACAUCCGGUGGUGUGUUUGAAGGACCUCGAAGCGCCGAAACCCGACAAACAACCGAAGCGAGCGGAGAGCCGGGAAAGCCUCAAGUCCCAGUCGAAGGACGUCCGACCCAGCAGCGCCUUGCAGAAGGACAAACGGGUGGAGGUCAAAAAGCCGGAGGUGAGAACGGUGCCAAAGGCAGCAAGUGACGCCGCGCCCAAAGAAAAGAGAGAUGGGGAAGAAAAGCCCAAACUAAAGGAUCCAGAUGCAAAAUUAAAGCCGCAAAAAACGAGUGAAAAGCUUGUUCCAAAGAAGGAAUCGUCAAGAGAAGAGAAAAAGGAAGUGAAGAAGAAGGACGAGAAGGUCGCUGUAAAGAGGGAAGAGAGCGGAGAGAAAAAGAGAGAAGCUGUGAAGAAAGAAAUUCCAAGCACAAAAGCAAAGAAAGACCUCAAACCCGAAGCAAAGAAAGACCGACAGAAGGACGUGAAAACCGAGGAGAAGAAAACGGCUCGACCAGCCGCGCGAGAAGUGAAGAAAGCAACAAGCGGCCCGUCGGAGCUGAAGAAAGCUUUGGGGAAGAGCGGGAGCCUGAAAAAGGAUGGGACUCUACCAAAGAGAGACUCUCUGCCGUCGGGGACAAAAGGCAGACCGGGUCCAAAGGACAACCAGAAGGCGGCCGCCACGGGGGACGUGGCGGCCGAGUUUGAGAGGCUUCGAUUGGAGGACAAAAACGGGAACGACCCAAAGGUCCCGAACUCGGACGGAGCAAAGACCAACGGGAACCACGGCUCGCCGGUAGGGAGUCCGGAGACGUUCCGCUGCAUGGCGGCGGACCAGGGCGCCGCCGCUGGGGGGGGGGCGUCCUCCAACUUUGGCUCCCCGAGGGAAGGUCUGGAAAAGUCGGGCCUGUCGACGCUCAGUCCUUUCAAGGACCUCACGCCGGACUCCUCCAUCGCCAUGACGUCCACACCGGCCCAGCUGGGUUCUCCUCACUCCACCGAAGUCGACGGGUCCCUGCUGGCGUCUUUAGAGCAGGAGCCCACGGGCCCCCCGGGAGACGGCGCCCGCUCCAACGGACACGUGGGAGACUCGGACCGCAACGGGUUCGGUGGGUCAGAGGGUCGCGUCCGCGGGACGCCGGAGCUCGUCUCGGACGUCCCGCACGACGUGGACCUCUGCUUGGUUUCGCCCUGCGAGUUCCAGCAUCCCAAGGCUCCCGACAACCCUCAGCAGCGCGUGAGCCCCGUCCUCGCCACCGCCGCCGCCGCCCCGCCCGACGACAACCACAACAACAACCACCACUCGCAGGGUCAAAGCAGCAGCGACUGCCCUUCGAUCUACAGCCAGGGAACGGUCAGCGACUCCGACAACGCGCCGCCCUGCUCAGAGGAAUGUCCGUCCGUCUCUGAUGAAGAUGAUGAUGAUGAUUCCGGUAGCUUUUUCCCGCCCGGUCACCCGAGGGGAGGCUGUGACCCCCCACCUGCCCCGGUCAAAGACCUGCCCCCGUUGCCGCCGCAGCCCGGCGCCUGCAUGGCCGACACGGAGGCAGCCGCCAGGAGCCUGAAGGGCCCCGCCGCCAAAGCCAAGAAGCCCCCCGGGAGCGCCGCGGCGGCCCCCCACCCCCCCAACGGGAAGUCCAGGGCCGGCGGCCCCUUGGCGUCGGCGAAGAUGACCUCCGGCCUUGAGGCGAAGCCCUCGUCCCGGAGCUCGCUUGGAGGCUCCAGGCUCGGUCCCACGAAACCCUCAUCCUCAGCAUCCAAGGCUGCCGGUCCUGCAGGUUCCGCGGCCUACGUGGACCUGGCCUACCUGCCGUCCGGCUGCGCCUCCUCCACCGUGGACCUGGACCUGUUCAGGCGCCUUCGCUCCUCGUAUUACAUCAUCAGCGGGGACCACCCGGGGAAGGAGGUGGCGAUGAGGAGCAUCCUGGACGCCCUGCUCGAGGGGAAGAGCAGCUGGCCGGAGGUCCAGGUGACUCUGAUCCCGACGUUUGAUUCGCUGGCGAUGCACGAGUGGUACCAGGAGACCCACAACCGGCAGAAGGAGCUUUCGAUCACCGUGCUGGGCAGCAACAGCACCGUAGCCAUGCAGGAGGAGACCUUCCCCGCCUGCAAGGUGGAGUUCUAAACCCCUGGAGGCCCCCCGCCCCCCCUGGAGGCCCCCCGCCCCCCCUGGAGGCCCCCGCCCCCUGAACACCCUGUGCACCUCAGCGGAGUGGUUGUCACUCAAAGGUCUCCGGCCCACUUUGGUUGAGUCGUGUUGCUGAGCACGCUCACUCCUUUGCUCUUAUUCUGAAGGACGGUAAAACGGGAGGUUGAGCUGCUAGUCUGUUUAAAAAAAACAAAAA